UCCAACUCUUUACCCUCCGAAUCUAAAAAUUGUCCCCCAAAUACCCUAUCUCUCUCUACAAACAAAUACCCUCUCUCUCUACAAACAAAAAGGAUUUUCUCUCCCCCUGUCUUUCUGGCACACCACCCUCACCGUCGUCUCGUCCUUGAUUAAUCCCAAAACAGCCCGCCUCUCAUCGCAUUCCUCUUCCAUCUGACCGUUAAUCUACCGGCGCAUCUUAGCUGCCGCCUAUAUUGCAUAAUCCGCCCCGUAGACCCGAAUCCGAUACUUCAACGGGUACUCCAAUUCCGUUGUUUUUCUUCGCCGGCGAUUUAGUCCCCGGCUAGUCUAAGUUAAACAAGACCUUUUAGAGACAUUUCUGGAAACAACAGAAGCACUAGGUGUUCACUGCUCUAUCUGCGUGAAAUUUUACUCCCUGUACUAAGGGGACUGGGUUAAAUACGCUCAUCUGGGGUUCCAUGUGAAAGGAUGGCUUUUUUCAGGAACUAUACUAAUGAAACAGUUUCUCAGGGUGUCCUGGAAGAAAAAGGCCAGGAACAAAGUAUCGAUAGAACUCGGAUCUCAGUAGUGAAUGGGGAUGUAGACGCUACUUCAAGGGAAAAAGAAUUUGAUAUGAAUAUGGACGCUCGGUAUCAAAUUGAAGGUGAACUGGAUGGUGUCAAUAGGCUGCAAAAUGAAGGAGCUGCUGACGAUGGUAUUAACAUGAGAGCAUCGAAUUUGCAACCUUCUGGAAGGAGAACCGCCAUGGCCGGAAAAUGGGGUUCAACCUUUUGGAAGGACUGCCAACCUUUGACUCGGGGUGGCUCUGAUUCUGGGCAGGAUUCUAAAAGUGGUUCUGACUCUCGAAAGGCAGAAGGAUCGGAAGACAAUUCAUCAGAUGGCAGGGAAGAUAGAUUGGAGUCGGAAGAUGAAAAUAGGCAAAAACAACUGGGCAAGCGUCAGAGGGGCCAUUCUGAUGUCCCUGCAGAUGAGAUGUUAUCUGAUGAAUAUUAUGAGCAGGAUGGGGAAGAGCAGAGAGACUCGAUGCAUUAUGGAGGGUUUAAACAGUCUAUUGGAUUAACUUCUAGACCACAAUCAAAGCCUGUUGCCAGCAAUAGCCACGUGAAAAGAAAUUCUAGAGUUUUUAAUGACAAUGAAGAUGAUGACAAUGAUGGUGAUGAUGAGGACAAUAAUGCUGAUGCCGAUGGUGAUUAUGAAGAAGAGGAUGAGGAAGAUGAGGAUGAUCCCGAUGAUGCUGACUUCGAGCCUGAUUCAGGUGUAACAAGUGGUCGCACUGGGAAUAAGGAUAAAGAUUGGGAUGGUGAAGAUUCUGAUGAGGAGGAUGACAGCAUUGAUGAUCUAGAAGUAUCAAAUGAAGAUGAUUCCUUUAAUGCAAAGAAAUCUAAGGGUAGACAGCAAGGUAAAAGUGGACGCAAUGUAAGGUCCACUAGAGAACGAAUAUCAUAUCGUGCAUCUAAUCGACAAAGAAGAGUGAAAUCGUCAUUUGAAGAGGAAGAGUCAUCACCAGAUGACUCUGACAGUGCGAGUGAUGAGGAUUUUAAAAACAUGACCAGGAGAGGUGUAAAUCUACGCAAAAAUGGUGGGCAGUCCACUGUGUCAACAAAUACAUCUGGACGCAACAGCGAGAUCCGCACUUCUAGUAGGUCCGUUCGAAAGGUAUCAUAUGUUGAAAGUGAAGAAAGUGAAGAAGUUGAUGAAGGCAAGAAGAAAAAGUCCCUAAAGGAGGAAAUUGAAGAGGAAGAUGGUGACUCCAUUGAGAAGGUACUAUGGCAUCAGCCAAAGGGUACGGCCGAAGAUGCUGCUAGGAACAAUAGAUCGACAGAGCCUGUUUUGUUAAGCCAGUUGUAUGAGACUGAGCAAGAUUGGAAUGAGACGGAAUUCUUGAUAAAAUGGAAAGGUCAAUCACAUUUGCACUGUCAGUGGAAGUCAUUCUCUGAGCUACAACAUCUUAGUGGUUUUAAGAAGGUUUUAAACUACACGAAAAAAGUGAUGGAGGAUGUUCGGUACAGGAAGACAUUCUCACGCGAAGAGAUUGAGGUAAAUGACGUGAGCAAGGAAAUGGACUUGGAUCUCAUCAAGCAGAACAGUCAGGUGGAGAGAAUAUUUGCUGACCGAAUCAAUAAAGAUAGUUCUGGCAAUGUGAUACCAGAGUAUUUAGUCAAGUGGCAGGGACUAUCUUAUGCUGAAGCAACAUGGGAGAAGGAUGUAGAUAUUGCAUUUGCUCAAGACGCUAUUGAUGAGUACAAGGCUCGUGAAGCUACACUGGCUCUACAAGGAAAAAUGGUCGAUUUCCAGCGCAAGAAGAGCAAAGCAAGCUUAAGGAAGCUCGAUGAACAGCCUGAAUGGUUGAAGGGAGGAAAGCUUCGUGAUUAUCAGCUUGAGGGCUUGAAUUUUCUUGUUAACAGUUGGAGAAACGAUACAAAUGUCAUUCUAGCUGAUGAAAUGGGUCUUGGGAAAACUGUUCAGUCGGUUUCCAUGCUUGGUUUUUUACAGAAUGCUCAACAAAUAUAUGGGCCUUUUCUUGUUGUUGUUCCGUUAUCCACUUUGUCAAAUUGGGCAAAAGAAUUUAGGAAGUGGCUUCCUGAUAUAAAUGUUAUUGUAUAUGUUGGUACUCGUGCAAGCCGUGAGGUUUGUCAGCAAUUUGAAUUUUACAGUGAAAAAAAAGUUGGCAGGCCUACAAAAUUCAACACACUAUUGACUACAUACGAAGUUGUUCUGAAGGAUAAGGCUGUUCUCUCCAAGAUCAAGUGGAAUUAUCUGAUGGUUGAUGAGGCUCAUAGGUUAAAGAAUAGUGAGGCACAGUUGUACACAACCCUUUCGGAGUUUAGCACCAAGAACAAGUUGCUUAUUACUGGUACUCCUUUACAAAACAGUGUGGAAGAGCUCUGGGCUCUGCUUCACUUCCUUGACCCUGAGAAAUUCAAGAGUAAAGAUGAUUUUGUUCAGAAUUACAAGAAUCUGAGCUCGUUCAAUGAGAAUGAGCUUGCUAAUCUUCAUAUGGAAUUGAGACCUCAUAUUCUCCGAAGAGUUAUAAAGGAUGUAGAGAAGUCGUUGCCUCCAAAAAUUGAGCGUAUACUUCGGGUUGAAAUGUCCCCUCUUCAGAAGCAGUACUACAAAUGGAUUUUGGAACGCAACUUCCAUGACUUGAACAAAGGAGUUCGUGGGAAUCAGGUGUCACUUCUAAAUAUUGUAGUAGAGUUGAAGAAAUGCUGCAAUCAUCCCUUCCUGUUUGAGAGUGCGGACCAUGGUUAUGGUGGGGACUCGAGCACAAAUGAUAGCAGUAAACUGGAGAGAAUUGUCUUAAGCAGUGGGAAGCUAGUCAUACUUGAUAAGCUACUUGUUAGAUUGCAUGAGACAAAGCAUCGUGUUCUGAUUUUUUCGCAGAUGGUUAGAAUGCUGGAUAUACUAGCAGAGUAUAUGUCACUUAGAGGUUUUCAGUUCCAGAGGCUUGAUGGUAGCACAAAGUCUGAGUUGCGCCAGCAGGCAAUGGAUCAUUUUAAUGCUCCUGGUAGUGAUGAUUUCUGCUUCCUUCUUUCCACUCGGGCAGGUGGCUUGGGUAUCAACCUUGCAACCGCUGACACCGUUAUAAUUUUUGAUUCUGACUGGAAUCCCCAAAAUGACUUGCAGGCAAUGAGUAGAGCUCACAGAAUUGGACAACAAGAAGUUGUUAACAUCUAUAGAUUUGUUACAAGCAAAAGUGUUGAGGAAGAUAUCCUGGAGAGAGCCAAGAAAAAAAUGGUUCUUGACCAUUUGGUGAUCCAAAAAUUAAAUGCGGAGGGCAGAUUGGAGAAGAAAGAAACCAAAAAAGGGAGUUACUUUGAUAAAAAUGAGCUAUCAGCUAUCUUAAGAUUUGGAGCGGAGGAGCUUUUCAAGGAAGACAGGAAUGAUGAAGAAAGCAAGAAAAGGCUCUUAAGUAUGGAUAUUGACGAAAUUCUUGAAAGAGCGGAGAAGGUCGAAGAGAAGGAACCUGGUGGAGAGGAGGGGCAUGAAUUGUUGAGUGCUUUUAAGGUUGCCAAUUUCGGUAGUGCUGAAGAUGAUGGGAGCUUUUGGAGUCGUUGGAUAAGACCGGAAGCAAUAGCCCAAGCUGAGGAAGCUCUAGUGCCUCGUGCUGCAAGGAAUAUCAAAAGCUAUGCUGAGGCUCAUCAACCUGAGACCAGUAAUAAAAGAAAAAAGAAAGGACCUGAGCCUCUGGAGCGUCCUCAGAAACGCCGUAAAGCUGAGUAUUUAGUCCCAGCAGCACCGAUGAUCGAAGGAGCGACUUUUCAAGUGAGAAGAUGGUCUUAUGGGAAUUUGUCUAAGAGAGACGCAUUACGUUUUUCCCGUGCGGUCAUGAAAUUUGGGAAUGAAAGCCAAAUUGACUUAAUAGCUUCAGAGGUUGGGGGUGCAGUUGGAGCAGCUCCACCCGAAUCACAGAUUGAACUCUUCGAUGCUUUGAUUGAUGGGUGUAGAGAAGCAGUUGAAAGAGGAAAUUUGGACCCAAAGGGGCCUUUGUUGGAUUUCUUUGGAGUUCCUGUCAAGGCUAAUGAUCUUCUCACCCGUGUACAAGAGCUUCAGGUCCUAGCAAAGCGCAUCAGUCGCUAUGAAGAUCCCAUUGCACAAUUCCGAGUUUUGAUAUACCUCAAACCUUCAACCUGGUCCAAAGGUUGUGGCUGGAAUCAGAUUGAUGAUGCAAGAUUGCUUCUGGGAAUACAUUGCCAUGGUUUUGGUAAUUGGGAAAAGAUAAGGUUAGAUGAGAGGCUUGGCCUUUUAAAGAAGAUUGCUCCAGUGGAACUUCAACACCAUGAAACCUUUUUACCACGUGCCCCAAAUUUGAAAGACCGUGCUAAUGCACUUCUGGAAAUGGAACUUGCAGCUCUCGGAAAGAAAGCAAAUGCUAAAACAGGUCGGAAAGAUUCUAAGAAGGAGAAGGGAAAUCUUCUGAACACCUCAAUCUCUCGCGGCCGGGACAAGAAAGGGAGGACUAGAUCUCCUAAAGUAAAUUUUCAAAUGAAGAAAGAAAUAUCUCAGAAACCCAUGAAAGUUGAACCUUUAGUAAAAGAGGAGGGUGAAAUGUCGGACAAUGAAGAGGUGUAUGAGCAGUUCAAGGAAGUAAAAUGGAUGGAAUGGUGUGAAGAUGUCAUGGUUGACCAAAUAAAGACGUUGAAACGUCUUCAGAGGUUGCAGACUACUAGUGCUGAUCUUCCGAAGGAGAAGGUGCUUACAAAAAUUCGGAGUUACUUGCAGCUUCUGGGGCGAAGAAUAGACCAAAUCGUUUUAGAACAUGAGGAGGAACCAUAUAAACAAGAUAGGAUGACCAUGCGACUUUGGAAGUAUGUCUCUACAUUUUCAAAUCUCUCGGGGGAGAGACUUCAUCAAAUUUAUUCAAAACUUAAACAGGAGCAGGAAGAGGAGGCUGGGGUUGGCCCCUCCCAUAUCAAUGGCUCCCUACCUGGUCCUAUAGGCCGAGACAGUGAUUCCCAUUAUUUUCCACCUGUCCCUCGCCAUGUUGAUAGGCAAAGAGGGUAUAACAGUACGAGUACCUACCAAACACUCGAUCACAAGGGCCAUGAUACGGGGAAAUCUGAAGCAUGGAAACGAAGGAGAAGAGCGGAAACUGAUAAUAAUCAUUUCCAAGUUCAAGCUCCACCUUCAAGACCCAUGAGUAAUGGUGCUCGGUUAUCUGAUCCAAAUUCAUUGGGGAUUCUUGGGGCUGGACCAUCCGACAAUAGACGCUUUGGUGGUGAGAAGCCUUUUAGGAUACGACAGACUGGUUUCCCUCCAAGACAAGGUUUCCCAUGAGGUAUUGACUAGACUUCGUGUACUGUGGAAAGAGACCAGCUGAUUUGAAAAAGGGCAAUUGGCUCACUUGCUGAAAGGUGCUUCAGCCAGCAGGAUUUUAUGUUUUUUUCCGCCCAUGGGAAACAAGUGCUUUCAGAUUCGUAUAUCCUGCAGCUGAUCGCCAAAAGUAUUCACGGGAUGGGACUACAGCAUCCUUCAAUGAAGGUUGCCGAGGAAGGGGGGAAAAUCCUCUUGAAGGCGGGGGUGGUUCAUGGUGUCUUGCCACCAAUUCUUUUCUUCUGCUGAAGAUGAGUUAAGAGUAAUUUGUUUUCGUAAAUAGCUGAUAAGCAGAAAGGAUUUACCUCAUUAAAUAUAUACACACAUGAGAAGAACAUCUUAUAUGUAAUAUACCUUUGGAAAGUGUACAUGAUCAAAUUUUUGAAAUUUUGGACUUUUUAAUCAUGCUUUUUUUUUUUU